GAUUCCUCUUCAAUUGGAACAGCCACGGUGGCUGGUCCCAGGACAAGUGCAAUAAUUGGAGAUCAGGGAACACCACCGAAGGUCCAGCUCCCCCUCAAUAUCUACCUAGCCCUGUACGCCUACAAGCCUCAGAAGAACGAUGAGCUGGAGCUUCGCAAAGGUGAGAUGUACCGGGUGAUUGAGAAGUGCCAGGACGGCUGGUUCAAGGGGACGUCUCUGAGGAGUGGGAUGUCUGGCGUCUUCCCUGGCAACUACGUGACGCCUGUUUCAAGGGUGCCAGUGGGAGCUGGACAGCCCAGGAACAGCGGAGCCGGGGGACCUCCGGCAACGAAAGGAGCUCCAGGAGCCAUCCACCCCAUUGGGGCCGGUCACACCAAUGCUGCCACGGCUGUCAGACCGGUUGUUCCUAUCACUGCACCUCAGACGCAUCCCCAGCUGCAGGCGGCCUCUUCACAGCUGAAUAACUGCUUGAGGUAUUCGGCUCAGCAGCCGGCCAGCCAGACCCGCAACGCCAUGCAGAUGGGUAUGUGCCUCUCGCCCUGCAUCGGCAGGGUUGAUGUUGUACCCCCUGAGCGCAAGCCUCUCGAAUCUGCCUGUCCCGGCAGCUUUCUUUCUUGUUUUAGUCACAGCUCAGUCAAUGUGGAAUAG